UUUUCCUCGCCCACAUCUUAAUUGCAACAAGAAGGAAGGAGACACGGAAAGUGAUGGACAUAUGCAUGGUCUCACUGCAACACUGCAGCCCACAAGCACCUUUCGUCUUUCCAAUUAUGCUUCAACUCCUACGAUAAGGACUCCAAACAAGGGAAAAAAAAGAGCCAGCCUACAGAUCAGACGUGGUUGAUACAGUUGCUCAGAGGAACAAACGGCACCUUCAAUGCGUGCUUGGUUCCACCAUUCAGCUACCUUGUUAGACCAAGUUCAUCAUACUGUUGUGUUGACAAGGGACCCCUCCAGUGCACUAUGGACAUAAAAGCCUUGCUCCCUUGUCCUCCUACUUCUUUUCUCAUCAGACAAACUACAAUAAUUGCUGUUAUCGUUCAUAAAAUUAUGCCUUGGAAGCAAAGGAUGUUUGACUCCAUUCUCAUCCUUUAGCAAAUUGUUUUUUUCCCCUUCUCUCUUUCUUUCUUUUACUCAUUUUCAUCUGUACUUGAUGUGGGCAGCUCAAAUGGAUCAUCUUUUAUAUUGACUUGUUUCUUUCUUUCUUGGAGAUGGAGCAGGGACUCGAUGAGAGAUGAGGCUGAGUGGCGGCAUCCAUGAGCGCCAUCUCCUUUGGCUUAGCAGCCACUGCAAUCUUGGUCUCCAUGUUCCUCGUCAUGGCGCUGGUCGAGCAUCUCAUCAUACCGAGAAUGUCCCUGCUCCGGUCGCGGAACACUGCGCGGGAAUCUCCGCCGGAGGUCCGCCUGUCGCCGGCUCCGGUUCAGUCGCACGAGAAGGCUGGGAGUUCGCUGGCUGUCGGCGGCAAUCCGCAUGCGCGCGACGUGUUCGUGGUAAUGCCGGGCGAGGAGCAUCCAACCUUCCUGGCUCAGCUCGCACCUCUUCCUUCGCCGAGAGAGGGAUCGAGGUGGCCGCCUUCGCACUAUGCUUCUUCAGCAGCCUGCAUGUAAAAAUGGUGGUGUGAGGAGGAUUUGGGAUCUCCUGGCCGAGAACACAGGAGACAAUUUCAUGGUGCUUUCCAGUGAAGUCGCUUUCAGAUCUAUGAAUCUGAUCUAAGCAGAAUGAAUCUUGGCCCUUGUUGGUUAAGAAUCUAGAUUACUAAUAAUUAUUUGAUUGAAUGAGUUUAAAGUAAAAAACAAAACAUAAUCUUAUUUUCCUCGA